GUGUUGAGCUGUAUUUAUACUCACAGAGCCACACCUAGCAACAUUAGCUUAACUGUUGCGCUACAGCAGGGCGUUGACUCGACCAGCGCUUUCCUCCUUCCCCUAUUAAACACCCGCUUUCAUGGUGCGUGGAGACAGAUACCAGGAAGGUCAUGAGAACAUGAUGUCCAAUCACAUGGUUCUCAAUUUAUGAAAAAUAUGUAGUAAAUUAUUAAGGGAAGAUAGUAAUUCACAAACCUGAUGGAUGAUCACAAUGCAGAUUUUCCAUUAGCAUUGUAGUAGAGAGAUAGACCUGUCUAGAUCUAGUUACAAUCUCUAUCUCACACAUUGGAAACCUGAUGACAGUCUGCAGCUUGUGUCGGCCAUUCAAGCAAACUAAUCCCACCUGAAACCUCAUCCACUGAGGUUAAUAUUUAACAAGCGUUGAGAGUUUGGUUCCUCACAAAAACAAGUAUCUUUCCAGUUUUUCUCUAUUAUGUUUGCCAACCAGGUCUUCCUGCAGCUAACCGCAGUCAAGUGUCAUCCUGAAUCCAGAGAUACGACCACUCUGGCAUCAUGUAUGUCAAUUCUGGAGCUGAAAAUGUGUCCAUGUCUUUGAACUUUAUGGGCAGGAAGUUACGUAACCAUACUGUUGCCCCAGCAGCAAAACAACAUGCCUGGGAGACUACUGACCUUUCUCGAUAUCAGGAUGAUCCAGUGGUCUCCACACGAGUGGUACUUUCUCAUCCCAUUGUGUCAUCAGAGGAACUGCCAGGCAGUGUUCCUGAUCUGAGAGAAGAGGUUCAGUGGCGUAGACCAUGUAACAUCCAUAAUACACUUCUAGACCAGGAUAAAGAUAGAGGUGCAGCUAAAUGUGAGGUCUCAUGGCUGAGGAGGAAAGGUAGACUCAAAUGGAAUGCGUUCAAGUGCUGGAUCGGCGCAGACCGGCACCGUGGUCCGAAACGCAGUGGCAAAGCACCCAAUGUGUCUUCUGUGAGUGCAAGUGUAAGACAUCCUGAAGAUGAGGCUCCAAUGGAUGUCAAGAUGUUUAUCCCAUAUGACUCUGCCAAGCUAUGCAUAACCCAAAUAAGAGAUGAUAUGAUCUCAAUGAAGAGCAGACAUCAGGAGAUGAUUCAAGAACUGGAGGAGAACUUUCUCAUAGCAUCACGAGAGAAUCAGGGAAAAACAGCUCUUAGAAUGAGGACACAUUAUCAAUAUAAGCUUAACACCCUGAAGAGAAUCCUAGAAAUUUACCAGGAAAAGGUGGCCAGAAAAAACGCAUACUGGGAGGAGAAGGUCAAGACUCUAGAGGAUCUAAAUGGAAAACUUGAGGGGCAACACAAAGUUCUUCAGGAGAGGAACCAAAAAGACUUGGCCUCAUGGGAUCAAGAAAAGACAGAGAGAGAGAGAGAGAGAGAGACUAAAAGCAUCAAUGGAAACUUGCAGAACAAGAUGAUGGAAUUGUUCUCCUCCCGACUGGACCUCCUUCACAACCACCAGGCAUCAACACUGCAGGAGCUGCAUUUGGCCAGAGCAGAGAUGGGGAAGGUUCAGGAGAUGCUUGAGGCCAUUCAGGAGAAGAAAGAACCAGAAAAUACAUCUGAUGAAAAGGACAGCAGUGAUGCAGAUGUACCACUAGAUGGAGCUCAAGCUCGGCUGGAGAUUUUGAAGGAUAACCUCUUGAAGAGGGAGCAAGAGAUCUCAAUGCUCAUCGAAGGACAAGAGAGUGUGACAGAUCCUGUGGAACAGUCAGCAUAUGCUCGCCUUCUCAGUGCUGUUAUACAACAGGCUCAUCAUGUUUAUGGUGAGCUAACAGACGCUCAACAGCAGUUUGACCAAAUGGCAGAAGACAACCAAAAAAUUCUGGCAGAGAUUAAAGAAAGUUUUGACCUAACUGUGGAAGAGUCCAGCCAGAAGAGCCACGAGGAACAAGAGGAAGCACAGCAGAAAAUGGUGGAGCCACAGGUUGGGGACGGUUCACAGGCCAGAUUACGCCAUCAUGAGGUCACGCAGGUGGCUUUGGAGUGCAUCAGAGCAGGGGUUAACCCCACUGUCAUUGAGACUGACACGACUGAGGUAUGGACAGCAGAGCUGGAUGAAAGAGUCAGAAAAUUUGAGGAGGAUUUCCGAAAAAAUGUAAUCUUAAAUUCUGAAACUGAUAAAAGUGUGGGGCAGCAGCUGUUGUUACUGCAAGCUGAGUUGAAACAAAUCAAAGAUGAAAACAAGAAGAUUAUUGAAAACUACACAACUGAAAGAACCUUGAAGAAAAAGUACUACAACAUGGUGGAGGACAUGAAAGGUAAAAUCAGAGUAUUCUGUCGAAUAAGGCCAUUGACUCGUGCGGAGCAGGCUAAAAGAGGUCACACCAUCGUCGUUUGUCUUGAUGACUACUCUGUGAUCCUGGAGACCCCUCGAGGACCUCGUGAGUUUCAAUUUGACAAGAUCUUCAACCCAGAGUGCACACAGGAGGAGGUCUUCACGGAAUCCAGUGGGCUAAUUCAGUGUGCGAUUGAUGGAUUUAACGUAUGCAUUUUUGCAUAUGGCCAUACGGUCGGGAAAACCUUCACAAUGGUUGGAGACAGAGAUCGGAGGAACCCAGGAAUCAUUCCAAGGACAUUCACCAAGAUCUUUGAGAUCAUCCAGGAUAAUGAGUCUAAAUUUGAAUUUAAGGUUUCAGCCUACAUGCUGGAGCUGUACAAUGACCGCCUACAGGAUCUCUUUGUGAGCCCUGCUGAAGCUUUCAGCAAGCGAAUCGAAAUUAAGAGGGACAGAAAGGGGCUUGUGUUCACCCAGGGAGCAGAGACAAAAGAGGCCACCAGCGCUGGCGAACUCUUUGCAUUAUUUGAGCAGGGCUGUGCAAACCGCCACAUUGCGGCCACAAAGAUGAAUGUAGAGAGCUCCCGCUCUCACCUGAUCAUUGGCAUCAUGAUUGAGAGCCGGAAUCUGACCAAUGGGAGCGUGAGUUUCGGGAAGCUCAGUCUGGUGGACCUGGCAGGAAGUGAACGAGCAGCAAAAACUGGCGCCAAAGAUGACCAGCUGAAGGAGGCAAACUCUAUUAACAAAUCGCUGAGUGCCCUUGGAGAUGUAAUUUCAGCUCUGUCAAUGGAGCAGCCUCACGUGCCCUACCGUAACAACAAGCUGACCCAGCUCAUGCAGGACUCACUGGGUGGCAAUGCCAAGACCCUCAUGUUUCUCAACAUCUCUCCCUCUGACUGCAACCUGGAUGAAACUCUCACCUCACUCAUCUAUGCAACUCGAGUGAAAGCCAUCACCAACAAUGCUCAGAGGAACGUAGACAGCAAGGAAAUCGCUCAGCUGAAAGAGGUGAUUUUAAAAUUGAAAUCAGGUCAGCCUGUGGAAGAAGACGUGUAAACUUCAAUCAUAUAACUAGACAUAUGGCUGUUUUAAAUUAGGACCAUUUCCACAUUUACAUGUUACACCAUUUUAUGACCAUUUCUCAUAACAUUUUAACAUGACAUUUAAUAAUAAAAAAAAAAAAAAUCAGUUAUCUUUUAUUUCAGUAAUCGAAGCUUAUCUUUUCAUCAAAUUUAUCUUUUAUUUCAGUAAUAUCAGCUGAGUUAUGGCCUUUUUGUGUAUAAUAUUAAAAUUUUAUUUAUACCCAGUGUCUGUCCCUUUUCAUCCCUUAUUUAAAUGUGUGUGUCAAGCUAAUGUCUAUGGCAAAAGUGGGCCAGGUCAUCGCAUACAACCCAGUAAGUCACUUGGCCAACUUAUGCUGCAAAUGUGUGAAAAGGUAAUGAACGUAAAUUAAGCUUAUUUGCCAAAUACAGGAGGCAAAUGAGAGCAAGAGAGCUGUGCUGACUGAUGCUGUCAUGCAGUCAGAUCUCACUGCAAAACACAGGUUGACCUGGGGACAUGACAGGCACAUGUGAUGGUUUGAGGACAAUGGCAAUCUCCAUAAAUUUAGAGUCCUGUUUUACAGCCUGUAAACGGGGGAAAUAUAAAGCAAUACAAGUGCACAAACUGCCAGUGUAACUGGAGAAGACCAUAAGAGAGAUGUAGGGAUACUUAAAAUUGACUUUAAAAAAAAAUUGACUUAUUUUUGCUUUAAAGUAAAUUACAUCAACAAUUACUGUAUUUCAGCUGAUUUAAUGCACAUACGCUACCAUUCAAACGUAAUACAGUAAAACAGUAAUAUUGUGAAAUGUUACAAUUUAAAAUAACUUUUCAAUUUUAAUAUAUUUUAAAAUGUAAUUUAUUUAUGUGAAGGCAAAGCUGAAUUUUCAGCAUCAUUACUCCAGUCUUCAGUGUCACAUGAUCCUUCAGAAAUCAUUCUAAUAUGCUGAUUUGGUAGAGUGGUAAAGAA